CAGUGAUGAAACUGAAGCUGGGGGAGUGAGCGCAGUGAGCAGAGUGUGUCACAGUGUCAGUGUUUCAGUGGGCUAGAGAAGCUCAGGACCCCCUAAACCACAGCUUUACCGGACUGUCUAACGCAGAGGAGCGUGUGAAAUGAUUGGUAUAGAUCUGUGACUGGAGACGGAUUAAUCAGCCAACAUGACGGUGGAUUUUGAGGAAUGUAUCAAAGAUUCACCCCGAUUCAGGGCGAAUAUCGACGAGGUGGAGACAGAUGUGGUCGAUGUCGAGGCCAAACUGGACAAGCUGGUGAAGCUGUGCAGUGGGAUGAUCGAGGCUGGCCGGGCGUACGCCAGUGCCAAUAAACUCUUCAUCAAUGGCAUUCGGGACCUGUCUCAGCACUGCAAGGAGGAAAUGAUUUCUGAGUGUCUGGAGAAAUGUGGAGAGAGCCUUCAGGAACUCGUCAACUACCACAUGAUUCUGUUUGAUCAGGCCCAAAGAUCCAUAAAGCAGCAGCUGCACACUUUCGUCAAAGAGGAUGUGAGGAAGUUUAAGGAGACGAAGAAGCAGUUUGAUAAGGUGCGUGAGGAUAUGGAGAUUGCGCAGGUGAAGAACGCUCAGGCUCCCCGCAACAAACCGCACGAGGUGGAGGAGGCCAGCAGCGCUCUUGUCGUGACCCGGAAGUGCUUCCGACACCUCGCCCUCGAUUACGUCUUACAGAUCAACGUUUUACAGGCCAAAAAGAAGUUUGAGAUCCUCGACUCUAUUCUUUCAUUCAUGCAAGCACAGUACACACUGUUCCAGCAGGGCUACACCAUCCUGGAUGAGCUGGAUCCCUACAUGAAGAAACUGGCGGCCGAGCUGGAUCAGCUGGUGAUUGACUCGGCCAUGGAGAAGAGGGUGAUGGAGCACCAGCAUGCCAUCAUCCAGCAGCGGACAUUGAUGCAGGACUUUGCCUAUGACGACUCGAAGGUGGAGUUUAACGUAGACGCCCCAAAUGGAGUGGUGAUGGAGGGAUAUCUCUUCAAGAGGGCCAGUAAUGCUUUCAAGACAUGGAACAGGCGAUGGUUUUCAAUACAGAACAGCCAGCUUGUGUAUCAGAAGAGAUUAAAGGAUGCUCUGACAGUAGUGGUAGAGGACUUGAGGCUUUGCUCAGUCAAACCUUGCGAGGAUAUAGAAAGGAGGUUCUGCUUUGAAGUGGUGUCCCCUACAAAGAGCUGCAUGUUGCAGGCUGAGUCAGAGAAGCUGCGUCAGGCCUGGAUUCAGGCUGUUCAGGCCAGCAUUGCCUCAGCGUACAGAGAGAUCACAGACAACUACUACAUAGAGCGUUUGGACAGAACAGCAUCUCCCUCCACCAGCAGCAUAGACUCAGCCAGUGAGCCACGGGAGAGGAGCGUGAGGGGGGAGACGCUGCUGCAGAGGGUUCAGUCUGUACCUGGAAACGAGCUGUGCUGCGACUGCGGGCAGUCCGACCCACGCUGGGCCAGCAUCAACUUUGGUAUUCUGCUGUGCAUCGAGUGCUCUGGCAUCCACAGGAGUUUAGGUGUUCACUGCUCAAAGGUGCGCUCUUUAACGCUGGACUCUUGGGAACCUGAACUAAUAAAGCUAAUGUGUGAGCUUGGAAACACAGUAAUAAAUCACAUCUAUGAAGGAGCCUGUGAAGAAAGAGGGCUGAAAAAGCCUGGCCCAAACAGCUCCAGGCAAGAGAAGGAGGCCUGGAUCAAAGCAAAGUACGUGGAGAGGAAUUUUCUGAAGAAGAUGUGUGGUGCUGAGGCACUGGUGGAGGGGGGCAGGAAGUCACAUCACUGGCGCGUGAAAAAGUGCAGAAGGAACCACAGCUCAGUCAGCGCACCCAAAGCCCGGCGGAAAUACAGGCACGAUGGAGGGAGCGUGUCGCCAGGCAACCUAUCUGCAGCUGCUGCAGCUGCCAAGUUCCGCAGAGAGUCACUAUUCUGUCCAGAUGAACUUGACUCGCUCUUCUCCUACUUUGACACAGGCUCUGGGCCUCGCAGUCUCAGCAGCGACAGUGGCCUGGGCGGCAGUACGGACGGCAGCACAGACAUCCUGGUGUUUGGCUCAGUGGUGGACAGCGUCACUGAGGAGGAAUGUGAGGACUCUGAGGAGUCCAGUGAGGAGGUGGAAAUCGAGCAGGAGGCAUCAGAUCCAGAGGAUUUGCGGGAGCUGCAUCCCGGAGCCCUGCUCUACAAGGCCUCACGGGCCCGCAACCUACCCGUCAUGGCCGAAGCACUAGCGCACGGAGCAGACGUUAACUUGGUCAGCGAUGAGGACGAGAGCAAGAGCCCCUUAAUACAGGCUGUGUCAGGGGGUUCUUUGAUAGCCUGUGAGUUUCUUCUGCAAAACGGAGCCGAUGUCAAUCAGAGAGAUGCGAGAGGACGGGGUCCUCUUCACCACGCCACAUGUCUAGGCCACACUGGGCAAGUGUGUCUGUUCCUGAAGCGAGGGGCCUCUCAGACAGAGGUGGACGAGGACGGACAGGACCCUUUGACCGUCGCUGUGCAGGCAGCGAACGCAGACAUUGUUACACUGUUGCGGUUGGCCCGGAUGAAUGAGGAGAUGCGUGAGGCGGACGGACCCCUCGGCCAGCCAGGUCAAUACCCCGGCAGCAGCCCCACUGAACAGCAGUACAAGAAGUGCAUUCAGGAGUUUAUCUGCCUUACUAUAGACGAGUGUUAAGUAGGCAGAGUUAGGGCUGAGGCAGGGGGUGGGACCCUGUAUUUCCUGUAGCGGUCAGCCUCUGUCUCAUUUGGGAACAACAAUAAUAAUAUCUUCGGUCACAUUCCUGAUUCCUGAUAGAUCCCGAUAGUGCUGUCCCAGAUGACUCGUUCACGUUCACAGGACUAGCCCUCAUAACAAACAGUUUCCAGUGUCCCAACAGCAUUUAGAAAACUUUGUGAAACUGGUGUAGCUAUCAUUUAUUGCUGUAGUAGCGACAGGGCGUUCAGGGUGGCUAACGCGAUACGCCAGGCAUCACUGAAGCACCACUGAUUAGCGUAGAGUGGGCGUGGAAUGAUGCUAGUCAAGCUGAAAUCAGGACAGUACAGUAGCGGGAUCACAUAGGAACUGCUAAAUCUCGUAAAAUCCCGUCAAAUCUCGUAGGAGGGAGUCGUAAAUAGUUCGGUACGCUUGUGAGCGGAUGCAUCCAGCCGGAACGACGUUGUUGUUGUAGUGUUAUUUAGUCAUCAUGUACAAAUACGAACGACUGUGUGCACUUUUCCUACCGACAGUAUUUUAUUUGUUCAUGUUUUUUUUCUUUAUUACAUUGUUACUCUGCCUUGAGUGUGUUUUCAUUGUGUGUGUGUGUGUGUUUUUUUUUUUUGUUUCUUGUUUUUUUAAUUUAUGAUUUUCCGCCCGGAGGACUUGUGCAAUGUUAACUGGAAUACGGAAGAAAAUUCGUAUCCAUAUACAUACUUUUUUUUUAUUCGCUAUAUUCGUACGUAGCUAUUUCAGUUUUACUAACUGGAAUCUCUUUCUCUCUUUGGCCUCGCAUUAAUUAGCUCAUUUAUAGCUCUUUCAUUAAAAUCUGCUAGCUGAUUGGCCAGUUUUCCACCCCUCCAAGCCCCGCCCCAACCCCAUUCCUAAUUUCCCGAUUUAAGUUCCUCAUACAGUUGAAUUACGGGUCUUUUCAAGCCCUUUAAAGUUUUAGAAAGUUUUAGUUCAACUAAAUUAUUUAUAGAAGCUAUAUAAUAAUUGUAUGUUUUAUAUAUUUGUACAUGUAUGUAUCCCCAGUUCCCCAAAUUUCUUGUAACGUGAUUUAUUUUUCCAAGUUAUGAGCUUUUUGUCCGGAGCUUUCAUCAAGAUCAAUUGCUUUGAAGUCGGUGUUGUGUAAAGUUUCCGCAUGCGUGCUGUUCGUGCUCGCGAGCAUGAUCCCUUGCGCCAACCAGCCGACUGUAUAGUCGUUUUAUAAAAAUGCAUGACUUUCUCACAACAUCUGAUGUCGGAAGCGACCCACAAUGGAACUCUGGGAGCUGAUCGAUGUGUUUCCGUGUGUCCGCAUGAACUUCGUUAACCCAGUUUCAGCUCUUGGACGAGAACGUUAAGCGAUCAAUAGAAGUGGUUAUGUAGGUGUUACGUCAUGAUGGCUAAUUGAAUGCAUUCCAGCUGAACAGAGUUGAGCAUGUUUAAAGAAGGUUUUUAGGAGCUGCAAGGGAUAAACUACACUUUAUGGACAAAAGUGUUGGGACACACCUCUUAAUCGUUGAAUUUAGUUGUUUCCUGCAGUCCAUUUUUUUGACAAAGCAGGUGUAUAAAAUGAAGCCCCCAUCUAUGUAGUCUGCCUUUUCGAGCAGUAGUGAAAGAAUGGUUUGUUCUAAAAAGCUCAAUAAACAGUGGUCAACUUUCAUUCUGAUGGAAGCCAACACAGGUGUCUGUUGGCUAAUGUAUCAGAGCUGGGUAUCCGACACUUUCCUCAGAGCGUGUUGGCUGCAAGUGUAAUGUGUAAUAUAUAGGUGUCCCAAUACGUCUGUCCAUAAAUGUGUGUAUAGAAAUGGACAAAAACACUUUAUUUUCAAAAAAGGGAUAAAGGUGCAUGUUGUCGCUGUUCUAAUGAAACCAUGUUUCUCUAAAAUGGUUUUCCGUAUGUUUUUUUAAAAAUACAUGUUAAUGUAAAAAUAAUACAAAAUAGACAAGGUAUUAUCAUGACACUGUGACAAUAUGCAUUUUUGAUCCCAAAUUAGAAACAGAAAGUUCAAUCAUGCACUGUUUACACUUGGUCACUUCAAGCCUCUUAAAAAUGCACGCAAGCGUAAAAUGCACCCAAGACUUAAAAUAAAUAAUUUAGGAGAUGGUCUGAUACACAUUUUUAGGCCAUGUGUUAUAAACACAUUGUAAAUGCAUCAGUCAGACACAUUUCACCACCAUUAUUUUUCCCAGUACAAUAAAAUAAUAAUGCAGUAAUAUUCACCCCAACAAGUAAAGUAAAUUCACAUAUUUAAAUAAAUUCCGGAGAUGCAUAUGAUAUCCAAGUGUAAACACACAUGGCGAAAAUCUGAUGAGAAUUCAAUCCAUAUACAAAUUACUUGUAGUGCCCUGGUGUAAAUGCUGUCUUGUUUGAGGCCCAUUCAGUACAAAACUGGCCAGUGUUGAGUUUUUAGGUUUGUGUUUAACGUGGAACUGUAAAAUGCUUUUGAAUAACUGUCGUAAAAACAGCACAUGGACUGUUCUUGAAGGCUUGUGCUCGGCAUUCGGUUAAGGAUUUGUCUCUGUUCUGUUUUUUCAUACUGUUGGAUAUUUGGAGACGUCCUUGUUCUAUUUCCUUAACUGAAAUCAACAAAGGAACUUGUUUGUCUUAUAAAACACUGAAGAAAAAAAACAGCUUAAAGAAUAAAACUACAAUGCUCUUGAACUCUUCAA